AUGUUCUCAGGCGACGAUAGGAAGGAGUAUGAUGUUUUCAGGAUGAAUCUCAACACGAAGUUUGGGAUGGACGCCCACUUUUUCCCGACCGAGGCAAAAAGGGUGCUGUACGCCUUUGGUAGACUCACCGGAAAGGCCUCCCAGCGCAUGAUGCCAUGGAUGCGUUCCCAUGGAAUGCCGACGAAGCCGUACGUCCUCACCAAGUUCUACGAUGAAAUGGACAGGGCCUACGGAGACAGCGACCGACAACAACAAGCGCUUGUGCGGCUUCAUCGGCUGCGCCAGGACAAGAAAGACCUUCGCGAGUUCCUUGGAGAGUUCGACCAAGAGCUAGCCGAGGCUGGAGCUCUCGAAUGGUCGGACUCUCAGAAGAAAGCAAUCCUGGAGCGCGCGGUGAACAAAGAGAUUCUGCGGCCUCUGAUUGGCCGACCAACCUUAGAAGGAGAUGAGUCCUAUGAGCAUUUCUGUUUCGGUCCGUGGCGGUUGGACUACCAACUUUAA